AUGCACCUACAGGAAGCUGCUGAUGCGUUUGGAAGCUUCACCGUUAAAUACCGGAAGAUUAUCUCUGGAAAAGACCAGCCUGGAGUAAAUGAAUUCAGAACAGAAUAUAUCUUUAGGGUGGCAUUUGCCUUCGAGAAGUUUGCUCUUAGCUAUGGCAAGUACCAUCUUAGUGGAACGAGGCGUUCAGUAAGGAUCGAUCUCCGGAAUAUGUUCCUUGCUAUUCAAAAUGGUUACAGACAAAAUGCAAGUGACUUCUAUCUAGAGGAACAAGAAUGGCAAGCCUCUAUCAAUAUUUCCUCAAGAAAUUUUCCAGACAACGGAUCAGUGAUAGUAGGAUGUGUGUACAAGGAUCUACAUGAUUUACUCCAAGCAAAGUCUGACAAAAUAUGGCAUGUGAAAACUAGGAUUAUGAUGGCAGCUAUGGAUCACAAACCUCCAAAGUUACAAGAAAAUGUAAUUUUGACGUUCAAGAACCUGAAGAAUGAUACAAGAGAGAAGCAUUGCAUGUUCUGGAGUGGCCUCAGCAAAAGUCAUGAUGGAUUUUCGAAAGAUGGAUGUCAUGUAGUUACAUCUCAAAGCAACUCAGAAGAAACAGUCUGCAGCUGCAAUCAUUUGACUCAUUUUGCUGUCUUAGUUGAUGACAGUGGUGCCAGUGUGCUGUCUCAGAAGUACGAAGAUAUUCUGGAGAUUAUCACCUACAUAGGAUUAAGCCUUUCCAUUAUCGGAAUGAUUUCAACCAUAAUCAUGUAUUCCUUGUUCACAGAUGUUCAUGAACCUCUCACUCAAAUACGACUGAGUCUCGUCACAUCGCUUGCAGCUAGUCAAAUAAGCUUUCUCGCUGGAAUGCACGCCAUGGAUAACCCAGCCAUUUGCAUCACAGCAGCAGUUCUUACCCAAUAUUUCCUCAUGGCCGCUUUAUGCUGGAUGCUAGUGGAAGGAAUCCACUUUUAUUUGUUGAUUGUGAAAGUCUGCAACAUCAGCAAUAGGUUGAUGGUUUAUCACGUCAUGGCAUGGGGUUUCCCCGUCGUUAUGGUCAGCACUUCUCUCAGCAUCGCAAUUGGAAAAGGAUGGAUUCAAAGCUACACCAGCGAUAAAUAUUGUUGGUUUCCGUCAACUUAUGACUUGAUCUGGACAUUUGUCACAUUUCUGACGGCAACUGGAGUUCUUAACAGUUUUAUACUCGCACGUGUCACAAGGAAGUUGACCACACUGCCGCAAACAAGAGCCAACAAGAUUCAGCGAGUCCGACUUGGCAUCAGAGUAUGUGUUCUGAUGAUUCCCUUUCUUGGCAUCACUUGGUUGUUUGGUCUUCUGUCACCACUACACAAGGCUUUCGCCUACAUCUUUACCAUUCUCAACUCUACUCAGGGUGUCCUGAUUUUCAUCUUGCACUGGAAACGUAUGAGAAAUAGCGAGAUUAGGGAGCGAUUGGAGGGCAAAAUUAAAACAGAGACGAUUGGUCAGAUUAAAGCUCGAAUGAAAGCUCGAACGAACGCUGUUUUCCCAUCUCCGAACGACAGAAACUCCCAACCAAAGAAUGUAAAGAUAAAUCCAACUGAUGGUGGUGCAGUGUGGGCCACUAAAUUGCACCCAUCCAGCAAAUAUGAGUUAAAAUAGGAAUAUCAUUAAGUAAUGGAUUCAAUAGGCGACGGGUAAAAGCCAAUUGUUAUGUAUUAUGAUUUUUUUAGGCCACGAUAAUUCUUUAGUCGCAACUGAUUGGUUUCCAUUGUCCUCCUGCUUGGUUGGAUUGUUUUUGUAAAUUAGAGAAAAAGAAAAUAAGUCUUUCAUGGAGAGGUAGAGGCUGGUGACGUUUAUUUAUCGGAGUAAUUAAGUGAUCCGGCCUAUCGCAAUCUUAAGCUGAAGUAAGUUAGAGAAUUAGGUCUGAGUCGAUACAACAAUUAACCACUCGGCAAUUCAUCAUCAUUUAAUUAGCUAAAUAUGUGAAAGCUAGGUACUUUAAUUAUAUAUAAAUCGCAGCGAGAUGCUAGAUUACGUACAUUUUGGGAUAAACUUGUAGACAUUAUUAUACAGUGCAA